AUGUCGCCAUUGAAGCAGAAGGGGACGAAGAGGGCGAAGGGGACGAAGAGGGCGAAGGGGACGAAGAGGGCGAAGGGGACGAAGAGGGCGAAGGGGACGAUGAAGGCACGCUCUUCUGUUGUCAUACCUAACAUAUUUGUUGACGCGUUCAUAUCAGAGUCCUAUGUCCAUGUCGACAGAGCCUCAGCCAGCGAGAGGAUAACAAACCGACAUACUACACCGUCGGCAACUAGUAUACCUGGUCCUUCGCCGCUCAAUCAAUGGCAUUCGUUGGUCACCGGUAUCGAGGCUCGCGUAUCCGUACUCUCUCCCUUGAAGGACCCACAAGCUUGGGGGUUGGUCCGAGGGUAUGCUCGAGGGGAACUCAGUUUUGUCGAAGUGACGGAAGACCUCCAGGCGCACCUUCGAGGCCGAUAUGGAGAAGAGGAUUGGGCCCCCGCCUUUAACGUCGUUUGGGAGGCAGAGGACGACAAAGAGCUGGCUUUACAGCGGUUGCGAGAGCUCGAACAGGCCUACCUCGCUCAGGCCGACAAUGUUAUUACUUCCCAUCGCCCGACGCAAGGUUACCAAUCAUCACUAGAGAGACCUCUUCAGGCAUCGACUCAUCAAGUACCAGAAGCCUUGGAAGCUACGCUAGUGGCAAAGUUCAACAGUAUGACCUCGCCGAAUUUACUAUGGAGAGUUCGCGUACAAGCGGAUUCGAGGAGAUAUCUGCACGCUCUAUUGAUGACUCAGGGAAAGGCGGCGUAUGUGUAUAGCGGUUUGCCGAACUUCAUCUUCAUCGAGGCACCAAGCAAAGCGGCAGCCGCGGACAGCUUUCCAUUGUCACAUCGUCCAACCACCGGAGUAAUCCAAUCUGUUGAUAGGACAGAGAGCCUUCCCACCGCUGCCGUUUCUUCACUAAUGACUUGGGUUCGACCUCGAUAUGGCCCUUACGUGGAGAAUCUUGGGUUCGUAUUUCCUAAACCACGCGGAUCUCGGGAAACGGGCGGCGACAAAGAGGAACAAGACACUGAACGAGUUUUUGUGCUAUUGGUGCCCAAAGCCCAACCGUCUUCUGGUUCCUCCAACUCUCGCAGACCUCCGAGGCUCAUCAUCCGCCGCGAGUUUGUUCCUUCUCUCCUUCCUCUCGCUUCUGCCAAAGAAAGGUUUCAUGGGUUGGUACGGGAGCUACCUGACGGACGCUUCACGUUGGCCCAGCACACGUUCACCUCUGAGGGCUUCGCUUUCAUCGACUUCCAUCGGGGAGACCUUGUCCCCGCUUCGGAUAUUAUACCUGAAGAUAUCACAGCGUGCACUGAAUGCUCGCUCUGUCCGUUUGCCAUCUCUGCUGAACGUGAUCGCUUCGCAGUCAGCAACUACAUCUAUGGUGAUCGCAUAAUCGCAAGCCUGGGGGAUAGUGGUCCGGAAGUCCCUGGCUACGUCCUCGGCACGGAGGGGUCUACCGUGCAAGUUCGCGUUGUCCACAACUCUCAGCCCAUCACUACGACGCUUCUAGCGUCUCAAGUGCAGCGCACUUUUUGGGAAGGGGACAACGUACGCGUUGUCGCGGGUAUCCAUAGGGGUACCCGGGGGACGGUCUUGACGGAGGCAGAAGGAAACUUGGUGUUCACCACGGGUCGCUCUCAUUCUCAGGUAUUUGGCUUAGUGUUCCGCUUUGUAGCUUUACUAAACUCGUGUACACGCUGCCAAAUUAAGUAA